UCGACAGCCAUGCCUGCAUUGCCUUUGGCACAUGUUUCCAGCCUACGCUGUGCCAGAUGGAAAGUAGCAAAAUAGGCUACAAAGCUAGGUCUAUCAAUGGUCAUGUAGCAUAACGCAUGUUCUGGAGCGCCAUACUAUCGCCUUGCAAGCAAGCCGGGUAGUCUGCCUUAAGAUCCCGUCCUUAAGACAAUAAUCUUUCUUUGUGACGCUGGGAAGUGGUUAAGACGUCAACAUGGCGGACGGAGCACAGUCAAUGGCCAAAGGGCUGAUCGACCGGUGACUUUCCGGAGAAAGAGCAAUUAAUGACGGCGCUGGCUGCGCAGCAACAAGCGACCGGCCUGUUCGCGAGAGCGUCGGCUCUGAAAGACAUGGCGAUGAAAGCGCUGAACCCAGCGGAGCGGCAGAAAAUGAUGCAAGAGGCAUACGACAAAGAGCUGGAAGCGAACGGAAAGAGCAAAUGGGCGUCGCGGCUAACAAGCGGACCUUGGCAAGGCGGUAUGGGUGGUGCUGGCAUCGGUGGAGGUGUUGGUAUGGGUUUGGGAACAGUCGUUGGUACGGUGGUGGGUGGCGUGGUGAGCUUGCCAACCACCGCCUUGGGCGGGUUGGUGGGUGCAGGUGUUGGAGGGAUCACCGGGCCGUUUGUAAAACUGGACCAGAAGAAGGCAAAGGAGGUUGAGGCGAGGGAGCGAGCCAAGGGCAAGAGUGACGAGGAGGUUGCUGAGGCAGUAAAGAAGGAGGCAGUGACUGAGGAUCCCUCGGGUGAGGCAGACGCAGAUGCAGGCGAGGGUGCGUCUGACGAGCCCGCUCAAAGUUCCGGCCAUGGCGCUGAGUUCAGCCAACCGGAGCAAGGGUCCGCGAAACGCAAUCUUGAGCGGCAACAUAGCGGUGGUGGCGUGCCGACGCAACAACAAGAUGCCGCUUCAGAAACGCCGACUAAAGCUCGCAAGAAGCCCAAGAAGAUCGAAGUCAGGUCGGGAAAGAAGGCGAAGAGCGACGCGUGAAGACUUUGAACGGAACUCAAUGACGGGUUCACUCGAAUAAGAACUGCGUACUGGAAGCACUGAAUGUGACCAGAAAUACGCUCUGACUACGGCUGUCUUGGACGGCAAAUUGAUCGAUCAUACCAGCCCUCCCGGCGAUGUGAGUUCAAGUCAUAGAACAAGGCCACCAAAAAUGUGCAGGUUGCGAG